CUCCUAAAUAUGUGUUUGUGUCUAGGAGUCAGACCAGAGGAAGCCACACCUUGGUUCAACACAUCUCUUUAUGGAUAUACAGUGCUUGUGGAGACAUUUCAAGGCAAUAUUGUGAUGGAAUCCAAUAUCAGUUCACCGCAUUCUUACUUUCCUGUAGCCCAUUCUCCCCAAGUCGGUGUGUUACCUGAAGUAGCCUCUUUGAGUCGCGAUGAGCUGGAAGAUUUAUUAACGUGUGAUGACAAAUUAACUGAAUUUGUUGCUGCUCUGCCUCCGAUGACAGCAGUUAAGACACAAUGUGAUCAACUCAUUGCUCAGAAUGAAGCUUUAGCUAAGGCUAAUUUAGAACGCAGUAGUGAUUAUGAACAUGCCCGAGAUGCAACAAUUCAGAAAGUGGAAGAGCUCACAUCUUUACGUGCUAGCUUUGAGGAAAUGACCCUCAUGCAGCAGAAGGCCUCGGAGAAAUUGGCUCCAGCAAGCAUCCAGGAGAGUCUGCUAAUAGUUGCAGCACAAUCCGAAGAGGAAAGUGAAAAAAUUGCGGAAGAUUUCCUACAAAAGCACAUUCAAGUUGAAGCAUUCUUGAGCAGUUAUAUGGAGAAAAGAAUAGAAACACACUUACGGAAGUUUAAGGGCGAAAGACUUGGGGCACAACUGCGGGAACUCCAAAAAGCUGGCUUUUAAGAUCUGAUGUAAUAUUAAAAAGAAUAGGGACAGCAAUAUGAAUGUCUCGGUCAUUAUUUCAGAUUUUGAACUAAGUAGAUUUAUUAAAAUGUGAAUGUUAAACUUCUGAUGUAUAAAAAAGAACCAAUUGACUAGGGAAUGAAAGGGGAAAAUAAAAACACUUCAUUGAUUAUUGGUCAGUGUCGGAAAUUGCAUAAA